AUGGCUUGGAUCAAGACGGCACAAGCCAACCCAAUAUUGAGGACUCGUAUGAUCCCAACAAGUCAGCUCGGGUGUGUGCAAGCAGUGGUACGAGGAUCAAUUCCAUGGCAGGUGCGGGAAACAGACGACGGCAUAAAUGGUGAGAUCUCCAGCCCUUCUUGGCGAGCAGGAGCUCCGCUGGCGUACUUCGUCUUCAAUGUCACCGAACAUAAACUGAAAGUGACAAUUCAUCAUUCCAUCUGCGACCAAUGGUCGAUGGCAUUGUUGUUGCGCCAAGCCGACGCCUCCUACAGAGGCGAGGAACUAUCUUUCCAUUCCUUUCGUCCUUUAGUGGAUCAUGUGCAGCGGACCCAAGACAAAGCCAAAGAUUUCUGGGGGUCAAUUCUCCGUAAUGCACACGAGACCACGACAAGGGCAUUUCCUCAACUGCCCACAGUGGGUCAUUUUGCCAAACCAACCGAGCGGCUAGAGAGGUCCUUUAACAUCCAAGAUGGAGAGAGUUCCUCAAGCACUAAGAUUUGGUUGGUAUGGGCGAUCCUGCCAUCGGUCUAUACUGACUCUGAUGAUACAUUAUUUGGAGCAGUCAAUGCAGGUUGUACAGUGUCCGUUGCAGAAGUGCAGGACUUGAGCGGACCUGCGCUCGCUAGCGUGCCGGUGCGCAUCAAGCUGUGCCGGAAGAAUACCGUUGCGGAUAAUUUGGUUGCAAUACAGGAUGAAUGGGCAGCAUCCAUGGAGUUUGAACCUGUCGGGUUGCAAAAUUUGCUUCGCCUUGGACCUGGUCCAGCGGCAGCAUGUCAUUUCCAGACCCUGCUCUCGGUCCAACCUCGAGAUGGUCAUCAACUUCCUGACACAUUCUAUCAAAGUCGAUCGAGCAAAUUAACACAUGAAAUGUAUCCUUUGAUCCUACGUUGUCGCCCCUGGACCGCGACAAUGGGGAUUGAGGCUUCAUUUGACCCGACAGUAGUCGAGCCCUUUCAAAUGAAGCGAAUAAUCUCCCAAUUCAUUCAUAUCUACCAGCAGAUAGACACUAAACAGGGCCUCACACUUUCCGAAAUCAGUAUUAUGAGCCCUGAUGAUUUGAACGACCUCCGCCGCCAAAACAUAUGCAAAAAGCACCCCGAUGCCACGCCCUGUGUUCAUUCUCUCAUUGAAAGAAGCACGCAACAACAGCCUUUCCCCCCCGCCAUCAGUAGCUGGGAUGGCAACUAUUCUUAUCUAGCCCUUGACCACUUGUCCUCAGCAUUGGCGGACCUUCUUUCUCUGCAUCAUGUCGGCCCUGGUUCAUUUAUACCUAUACUCUUGGGAAAGACUAAGUGGAUGGCUGUUUCCAUGCUUGCUGCGAUGGAAGCUGAUGCUGCUUUUGUGCUGCUAGAACCAUCAAACCCACAGUCCCGUUUACGCAAUAUGUGCGAAGCUAAUGCAGCUCCCCUAAUAUUGACUCGUGGUUCGCAUGUUGAUCUGGCGGCCCAGCUUGGGUUCCAAGUAUUGCUCCACGUGGAUAACUUUGACUCGGAGAAGCUGCAUCGCAAUAGUAUCUCUCGUAGGCCCUCAGUCAAACCACAAGAUCCCAUCUAUCUGACAUUUACCUCUGGAUCCACAGGAACUCCCAAAGGGGUGAUUGUUCACCAUGAAGGAUUUACUUCUAGUUCUGUGGCUCAUGGCAGGCCAUAUCACUUCACGCCGGAGUCGCGUGUACUGCAGUUUGCCUCCCCAGCAUUUGAUUCUUGCAGUAUCGAACAUCUUAGCACGCUGAUCCAGGGAGGCUGCGUUUGCAUCCCAUCAACGGAGGACUGCCAAAGUCAUCUUGUGGAAUCUAUGAACCGCUUUGCAGUGAACAUUGCGUGUCUGACGCCCAGUGUCACCCAGAUCAUUAGUCCUGACAGUGUCAAGUCAUUGAAGAUUUUGAUGCAUGUCGGAGAGGCAGUCCUAGCUAGCGACGUUGCUCGCUGGGAGCAUUUUGUACACGUUGGAAAUGCAUACGGCCCGGCAGAGUGCUCAGCAGUAUUCAGUGUACAACCAAACCUCAAGAGCAAUGAUCCAACAAAAAUAGGCUUUGGCACAGGGGGAUCGGGAUGGGUUGUUCAUCCUGAAGAUCAUCGGGUGCUCAUGCCAUUAGGAUGCACAGGAGAACUGUUAAUCGAAGGACCCAUCGUUGGCAAGGGGUAUUUAUCGAACCCUGAGCAAACGGCUCAGGUCUUCCUUGAAGCACCCCCCUGGCGUCUACAAUAG